ACGCCGGGAACCUCCCCCCCAACACAGCCCCCACCCCCGACCCCCCACCGUCCGGAACCCCUCCCCCCGCCUCCCGGGGACCUGGGAACCCCCUCCCCAUCUCUAGAGGACCUGGGAGCCCCCCCCCGCUAAACGGAACCUGGGACCCCCCCCACCCACCUGCUAUAGGGGACCUGGGACUCCUCCCCCCCCCCCAUAAGGGACUCGCGACCCUCCCCGCACCCCCUCUUAGGACCUCGGGAUCCCCCCCCUCGCCUAUAGGGACGCCCCCGGCCGUCUAUAGGGGACCUGGGACCCCCCCGCCAGGGCACCGAGCAUCCGGGACCCCCCCUCCCCCUACAGGGGACUCGAGACCCACCCUCACUCCCGAUAGGGGGCCUGAGACCCCCACCCUCACCUAUAGGGGACCCCCCCACACUCCCCAUAGUGGACCUGCGCCCCCCCUACUCCUUUUAGGGGACCCAGACCCCCCCAUCCUCAUUGUCCCACUGUGGGGGGGGGUCCCGAAGCUGCUCAAGGGAGAGGCAGGGAGAGGGAGGGGCGGGGGGUGACCCCUCCCAGCUCGUGCCGGGCGCGACCCUCCCCCUUCACCCUCGUGCAGCCCACGUGGUCCUCGUGUGACACGUGCGAGACCCUCGUGUGACCCCCACCCCGUGCCCCCCCACGACUCCCCCCACUCUCGUGCACCCCCAUACCCCCUCCCCGCAAGAGCGUUGUGCCCCCCCACCCGCGACACCCAUAGACCUCCCUCACCACCCCUCCCCGUUUGUCUGUCCCCACUCCCCCUGACCCCCGCGACCCCCUCCCCACUUCGUGCGCCCCCCCCGAGCCAUGGCAGCUUUGGCCAGUUCCUUGAUCCGACAGCAGCGAAGGGGAGGAGGAGGGGGUGGGGGUCGCGAUUUGCCCCCCCCCCGCCCCUCAGGCCCCUCUCGGGGCCCCCCCGGUGCCCCCCGGCCCCCCUCCCUCUGCCAGCAGCAGCUCCGAGGGCUGGUGGCGAAGGUUCGAGGCUGUGGCAGGAGGAGAAGACCUCGCGAGAAGCCCCCCGAGCCGCAGCUGCGGGGGGCUGUGGCUCGGCUGCGCUGCGGCCAUGGCCACUUCCUGCAGAUGGGAGCUGACGGCCGAUUGGAUGGCACCUGGGAGGAGGCGGGGCCUGGCACUCUCUUCAACCUGAUCCCCGUGGGGCUCCGAGUCGUUGCCAUUCAGGGUGCCCGAGCCGGGCGCUACGUGGCCAUGAACGGGGCGGGGCUGGUCUACACCUCUGUGCACUUCACGGCCGAGUGCCGGUUCAAGGAGUGCGUGUUCGAGAACUACCACGUGCUGUACGCCUCGGCGCUGUACCGGCAGCGCCGCUCGGGCCGCGCCUGGUACCUGGGGCUGGACCGGCACGGGCGGACCAUGGCCGGGCACAGAGUGCGCAAGGACAAAGCCGCAGCUCACUUCCUGCCGCAGCUGCUGGAGGUGGCCCUGUACCGGGAGCCUUCGCUGCACGAGGUGGAGGAGCCCCCCGGAGCCCCCCCCGAGGACACGUAGCCGACCUUUGACCUCUGACCUGUUGACCUCUGACCUGUGACCCCAACCCAACACACACCUCCCCCCCCCUCCGGCCCCUCCUGCACUGAAGCCCACCCGGGGGGGGGAAGUUCCCCAAAACCCCUAACCCCCCUUUCCCCCCCCCCCAAAGACCCCCCCCAAGGUGCGCGUGGGGGCUCGAGCCCCCCCCAUGUGCAGCAUAGGCCCCGCCCCUUCAUCUGCCCACGCCCCCUCGUUUGCAUAGCCACACCUUCACGUGACAGCCAAUCACAUACUGACCACGCCCCCCAUUCACCAUUCCCUGGUGUUAACCACGCCCCCCCGUGCUGGCCACGCCUUGUAUUACCGACCACGCCUCUCACCCGUUGGCCACGCCCAUUAUUAGUGGACCCUUCCCCCCUCCCCUUUUCUCUCCCACUCCCACUUUUCUCAUUGGCCACAGCCCAAGGGAUAGCCACGCCCCUCCAGAGAUUGGCCCCACCCCUUACUGACUGCCCCGCCCUCCUCGUCUGACCACGCCCCCAUGGCCGUCCCCACCUCUCACUUGGCGACCCCGCCCCUUUUCUAUGACCCUGACACUGUGCAGGCCCCACCCCCAAUAGCAAUAAGGCCCCGCCCCCAUCCUGGGCCACGCCCCCAGCAUGAUUGGUAUUCUGGCCCCGCCCACCGCGGGCUGGGACACGCCCCCUGCCCCUUCCCCCAAUAAACACCAGUUUGUACCAGCGCCA